AUGAAGUGUACGCUCACUUACAAAGCCAAGUCCUUUGUAAUAAGUAUUCCAGAAGAUGGGAUUGGCGCUUUAUUAUUUGAUGAAGCAAGCAAACAGACCAAAAUAGCUCCUAAGAGAACAAUAAUCGUUUAUAACAAAAAUGGAGAUGAAAUACUGAUAAAUAAAGAUACAAAAAUAAAGGAUAUUGGUGUUUCAACAUUUAUAGUUAAGGAUGCUGGCUUAAGUCUUGAUUGGAAGACUGUAUUCUUACUUGCAUACUUGGGUCCAUUCAGUAUUGCUAUAGCUUUCGUGUUAUUACUGGGUGACAAAUUAAAAUGGAACUGCUAUUUCACAAUUGGAUUUAUCAUGUGGGAACUUCAUUAUGUAAAAAGAGCAUAUGAAGCUAUUUCAGUUCAUGCUUACUCACAAUCAUUAAUGCCAUUCAUCGGUGUCAUGAAAAAUGUUGUCUAUUAUUGGGGAUUUACCCUUUUAAUUACUUAUAAUAUGUACAAGAGAUCGCAAACUAUUGACAAAUUAGAGCUUUGUCAAAUAAUUGCUAUUCCACUUUGGUUUGUCAGUGAGUGCUUAAACUUUUAUUGCCAUUACACACUUGCUCACCUUCGUCCAAAAGGCUCUAAAGAACGUUUCCUUCCAAAAGGUUUCUUAUUCAAUAGAAUAACAUCUCCAAAUUAUACAUUUGAAAUUAGUGGAUGUAUAUUCUUUGCUGUUUAUACUCGUUUAAUCACUGCUGUGAUAUUUGCCACUGUUGGUGGUUCAUAUAUGCUCAUGUGCGCACAUCAAAAGAGAAAAAGUUACAUUAAGAGAUGGCCAGAAGCAAAGAAUCGAGGAAGAAUAACACCAUUUACUUUCUUAUAA